GCGUGGAGUUCUAGACGUCUUCAAAUCCUUUGUACCCAAUUCGAAUGCACAUCGUUAUUCACUAUGGCGGAUAGGACUAGGUCAAUUCUAUUCAAGACCAAAUUGUGCGCGUGUUUCAUGAGUGGAAAAUUAUGUUUUGAAGGAAAAUCGUGCACUUUCGCGCAUGGAUAUGCCGAGCUGAGAUCCGUGUCUGCCCAUCCACGGUAUCGAACGAGACUUUGCCGAUACAUAUCUCUUGGAAUGGAGUGUCCAUAUGGAGAAAGGUGUUUUUUCAUUCAUCCACAAUGA